AUGACUAAAAAGGAUGAUAUGGCAGUGCCUCAAGCAUUGCCACCAAAGAUAAAAGACCCAGGGUCAAGUAUAAAUUCCAUUCCACUAAAUAAGGUGAAAGAAUUGAAAGAGGGCGAGAUCACACCGAGUAACAUGAUUCUCACUUUAACUAAUUCAUCUGUUACUCAACCACUUCGUAUCUUACGAGACAUAUUAGUACAUGUCGAUGGGUUAGUGUUACCUGUAGAUUUUAUGGUGCUUGAUACAAAAGGAGAUUCAGGAGGGUCGGUUAUUCUUGGAUGCCCAUUCUUGGCAAUCGUGAAGGCAAAGAUAGAUGUGGAUAUAGGUGAACUUAUCUUGAAGUUCAACAAAGAGAUAGUGAUUUUUAAUGUGUGUGAAUGGACAUCGUAUAUGGAAGACUUGGAUACAUGCUACCAUAUGGAGGAAAAGAUUAUUCGAGACCUUCCAAGAGAGGAAUUAGCUACUCAAGCAUACCCAUUUCAUGACUAG